ACUUCUGAAGGUCAGGGAUGCCCUUCGCCCCGUGUCCCGAGCAAGCUCCUGAAGCGGAGAGCGGCCGGAGUCGUACCAGGGCCCGCCCGGGGAGCUCCUUCUGGGAGCCGCUUGAGCACGGACCCUCUGCCCUCCGCCGGGAUCCCUCCCUCCAGGCCGCGGGGCGGCGCUCCGCCACCCCUGCCCCACGGCGGGCCGGGCCGGACCGUGAGGGCUGAGCCGGGCGGGCCGGGAGCCCCUCGGGCGGUGCAGGCAGGCGGGGCCGUCCCCGCCCCCUUCUUUCCGCGCCGCAGCCGCCGGAGGCGAGCGGAGCCCGGCAGUGUGAGAGCUGCCGCCGCUACCCUCCGCCGCGCCUCCCGCCCAGCCCGGCGCACUCCAGCUCAUCCCAGCUCAGCCCAAGCCCGGCGAGGCACGGCAGAGCGAGCCCCUGCCCUCCUCCCCCCUUCACACCGCCCGGGCGACGAGAGCCAGCCAUGGGUUGCUUUGAAUGUUGCAUUAAGUGCCUAGGAGGAGUGCCAUAUGCUUCGCUUGUGGCAACCAUUCUCUGCUUCUCGGGGGUAGCUUUGUUUUGUGGCUGUGGCCAUGUGGCACUCACAGGAACCGUGUCUAUCCUCGAGCAGCACUUCUCCACGACUGCUAGUGACCAUGCUUUGCUGAGUGAAGUAAUACAGCUAAUGCAGUAUGUAAUUUAUGGCAUUGCAUCGUUUUUCUUCCUAUACGGAAUAAUCCUUUUGGCAGAAGGUUUUUAUACAACAAGUGCUGUGAAGGAGCUGCAUGGAGAGUUCAAAACAACAGCCUGUGGCCGCUGCAUCAGUGGAAUGUUUGUUUUCCUCACCUAUGUGCUUGGAGUGGCCUGGCUCGGGGUCUUUGGCUUCUCUGCUGUGCCUGUCUUUAUGUUCUAUAACAUAUGGUCAACUUGCGAAGUCAUCAAAUCUCUUCAGACAAAUGUGACAGUUCCAGGUGACCAGAUCUGCGUGGAUAUCAGGCAAUACGGUAUUAUCCCUUGGAAUGCUGUACCUGGCAAAGCCUGUGGCCCAAUUUUAGAGAACAUCUGCAACACAAAUGAGUUCUACAUGUCUUACCACCUGUUCAUUGUGGCUUGUGCUGGAGCUGGCGCCACUGUCAUAGCAUUGCUGAUCUACAUGAUGGCUACUACAUAUAACUAUGCUGUUUUGAAGUUUAAGAGUCGGGAAGAUUGCUGCACUAAAUUCUAAAUUGUAUAAGCCCAGUAAAAGAGCUGCAUUGCGUAGCUUGAAAUACCACUGACACCCUAGGCUAAAAGUCUAGCUUUCUGAAUUUUGUUACAGUAAUUGUAAAUAGCUUCAGUAAGCAUCAUUUAGCUUAUCAGAUUAAUAAAAUGACUUCUUGUAUAUGAACUAUGAUGUGGAUGAGAUCUGGCUAUUUUUUCAUGUCGAGAGGACUCAGUUACUGGUAGGGGUGUUGAUAAAGCAUCCUUCUGAAGAGGGGAUGUUUCCAUUUCAAGUCCCCACUUGUUUUCUAUCAGUCAUCUCUGAAACAAAUACUGGAACAGUUCAGGGUGAGAAUUAUUAAUUUAUACGUCAUCCUGAACACCAAAUACAACCUCCCCCCCCAAGCAUACACAAUAUGUAUGAUAUGAAAGAAAAGGGAUUAGUAAAGUAGUGCCAGUCUCUUUUGGCAGAAAGCAGGAGCCCAGGCACCAUGAACGAGUUGGCUCGUAUUUCCACUGCAUGGAUGAUAAAGCUGAUUGUUUUCUUUUUACUUCGUUUUUAAGUAAUUGCCAAAUCACUCUGUCUCUAAAAGGAAAUACAUCCUUGAUUUAGCUCUGCGUAAAACAAUCACCUUUCUUUUGGACCCUGAACUAGUAAAAAGACAGCCUAUCAAUAACUUCUGUUCCUGUAUGGCUUGCACUUUAGUAACUGAUUUCUCAGUAGCCAGAUCUCAAAACUGUAAGUAUUGACUGCACGGGAAGCAAAACCAUGCAUAGAUCAUAGAGACAUUUUUACACUGUUGGGAUUUAAAAAAGAGACGUUGAAUCAGUGUUUUCAGAUGUAGAUUUUUUUGCAUGAAGUAUGGUGAAAAGAAGUUGGGAAGAGAUGAAUGCACAAACUAGGAAAAAUCCAUUCAAUAUUAAUAAUAACAAUUUUUUAAAAAGAACCAUUUGCUAUAUAUGAUUUAAAACUCUUCACCUGAGGUUGGACAAUGGAAGUUUAAAAUGUAGUUACAAAAAUAUAUGAUUAAGAUUUCUUAACCCAGAAAUUGCAUGCUUUUGCUUAGUUUUGGACUCAUGUCUUGUUGUUUAAUUUUUUGAUAUGUUAAUGUAGCCUUGUUCACAUAAAUAAAACUGUUUACAGUUUCAGGCUUUUUCCUAGGGGGAGGGUGGAAUUCUCAAUCUGCUUGUUUGGGGGCAAAGAAUGACCAGGAUCUGGGCGUGGAUAUUCCUAAACACCACAACCUUAGGAAGCAGUUCUUCUGAGCACCUCCUAGUUUACAGAUGACAUAUAUUGCCAUGUACAAAUCUUUUUUCUGCUUCCCCCCCAUUCUGCAUUUUAAUUGAUCCGUACAACUCUGUUGCUCGUUUUAUUGCUGUUACACUAACUUCCUCUAAAUUGUCAAUAACCAACUGAAAUAUUAGCAUGCCAAAUUCUAGAGAUCUUUGGAAAUAGCCUCUGUGCCUGUUUGAAUAACAGAAUGCUUAUUAACGUAGAAUAACUAUAUUUUGGUCAUUAUUUUAAAGAGCGUCUAUUAAUCUAACUAGCAGCUUGCUUUGCCUCUUGACAUGCUCACUAGCCAUCAUGCUCACCCUUCUCUUCCAGAUCCACUUCCUCAUGAUACUGUCUUCUAACUGGGCCUACUUAAAGGAUGCGAGCAAAAUGCAGGCCUACCAAGAUAUCAAAGCAAAAGAAGAGCAGGAGCUUCAGGAUAUCCAGUCUCGGUCAAAAGAGCAACUCAAUUCUUACACAUAAAUGUUUGCCACAGUAAUUCAGCAGAAGAAUUCUGUAGCUCUGACAAAUCAACAAAUAGCUGCUCUGCAGUACAGAUGUGUGUCUACCAAAACAAAAUUAGAGAGAAGCGCAAAAAGCUUUGCAUUCCAGCUCCUGGAACACAUUCGUAGGGAAACCUUCCCAUGGGUAAUCUUCCAUCCUUUCAUACAGAGAAUGGAGGUUUUAUUCCAGGCAUUUUAAAAGGCAACACUUCACAACAAGUGACCAAAUUUACUCUUCUUCCUUGAGACUUUUGCUGUUCAGUAUUUGAGGUGUUCUGCAGCGUGACGUCCUGCACAGAAGCCUGGCAGGUGCUCACCCCCCAGGCAGUAGCUGUACAGACCUCUCUGUACAGACCUUUGGCAAAGGCACGGACGUGUUACCGGGGCGCGGUUUCGGCUCUCAGUUGAUAAACCAAAUGGGGCCGUGGCCAGGCAGGAUUUCUGACAGCUCAGGCUGACCUGGCAGCACAGUUGCAGCAGUUCCUAAGUUGCAACAGGGCUGCCUCUGACCACUCUUUUCUUUUUCUUUUUUCCCCCACGGGCCACAGGAAGAGCGCUCUUAUUUCUGUGCCACGCUUUUUUUUAACGAUGGAGCAGUCCCGCUCCUGUGCUUAUGUGAGUGUUGAGCAGUUGUCCCGAGUUUUAAUCUUUUUUAUUAACUAUUUAAUGGAAUGUAGAUCCCCGGAUCUGGAUAAUGAUCCCCUUCUUUGAAAAUAAAUGUCAGCUUUGCCUUAAUGUUUAUUUUCUAUAAAUGUCUUAGCAUUUAUAUAGUGGCAGGAGACCAUUAUCCUACAUUUUACAUAAAGUGAAAAGUGUUACCUUAUUAAAAUGACACUGAUCUGACCAUUCCAAAUGAGCGGAUGAGGAAGUUUGCAGAGUUUUACACAAAUGAUAAAAAUUACAGCCAUAAAACAGAACACAGGAUGUCCACCUUUCUCUAUCUUGGUGCUUAGCAAAUUUAUAGUCAGUGCUUAUGUGUUUUCCUUUUUACAAAUUAAUUAGCACAUUAAGAAAACGUGGUGUUCAGAAAAAAAAAAAAAUACAAACCACAAACUGGUGCCAUUUUACAGUCAUUUCCCAUAGAAGUCUGCCUUCUAGUUAAUGUUUUUUUUCAGAAGCAUUCAGUGAUAUCUUGAGUAUUAGUGAUGGUAUAUUUGGUGUUUGUUCUAUAUGAUAUAUAUAUAUAAAUGUUGGGGGGGGGAAGUGAAAUACAUCAGUCAGUUGAAAAAAAUUAAACCAUUCAAGUCAUACCCAUGUUAAGCUGACAUGUGGUUUGAUAGUUUUGACUGUUUGCUGAAUAUAAAUUAAAGGAAGCACAAAUUUCUUCAAGUCAGUAUUAAAAGAAAAGGCAUUUGGGGUGGGUGUUAACUUCAAGUCUAAUUUCUUUUGUUAAAUAUUGAAGUCUAAUUUGACAGUUUCAAAAAAGGGGCAAAGUUGAUCAACGUAGAGCAAAUAUGACAAAAUAGCCUAGUGUAUGUUCUUACCUAUUGCAUGAAGGAGACAUUUCUACAGCAAUGCAGGUGAUGUUCUAGCCCAGUGUUUGCAUAAGGGUAAUAAUGGAGGCAGUGUCUUAAAGCCUAAUUCUUUUCUAAUUCAGUGUAGCUAUUACUGGGAGUUUUUGAAGUUUUGUUUAAGUAGUCUAAUAUUUUUAUGUAAAGAGCAUUAAAUUUUGCUAUGUAUAAAUUUUUGUAACCUAACAGUGAAUCAAUAUUUUCUAUCAGUGCCAAGGGCUUCCUGUAGUUACAUCCAAGUGUUAAAAUAAAUAUUUGUAGAUAAUAGACAA